AUGGCCACUGGUGGGAAAGUCUCUUUCAAAGUCACCCUGACGUCGGACCCUAAGCUUCCUUUCAAAGUAUUCAGCGUACCGGAGGGAGCACCGUUCACGGCGGUUCUGAAAUUCGCAGCAGAGGAGUUCAAGGUUCCUCCUCAAACCAGCGCCAUCAUCACCAAUGAUGGGAUCGGGAUCAAUCCUCAACAGAGCGCAGGAAACGUGUUCUUGAAGCAUGGAUCUGAACUGAGACUCAUCCCUCGUGAUAGAGUUGGAGCUGCGUUUUGUAAUUGA